GGAACCGCCCGGCGCGCGCGCAGUCCGAGGCGCGCGGCCGACGCCGUUGCCGUGGGAACCGCGCCGGCACCCGCGCCGCGGCGGCGGGCCUCGGCAGCUCGGGCCGGGCCGGGCGGAGCCCUGCCGCGGGCCGCGAUCUCGGGCGCCUACCGCGUGGAGGAGCACGACAGCGCCGGAACUGGAGACGAGCCGACCGAGAAGUAGGAGCUGGAGGAGCCGGAGCGUCCAUGGCGCGGCUGCCGUCCCGGGCGGGCUGGGCUCCUGCUACGCGGCGGUGGUGCAGCCGCUGGGGGCGGUUCUUCCGCGCGGGGCGGCCCGACCUCGCCCAGGCCGGCGGCACCCUCUGCGGCCGCCGCACGGGACCCCGGGCGCCGCCAUCUUGCCCAGGACGGAAGCCUGGCGGAGGCCCCGCGGCGCACCGCGCAGCCGCUGGCGCCGGAAGCGGGAAGCGGAAGCGCGACUGCCGGCCGGGGACCCGCGCGCACACCAUGGCGCCGGCGUCGGGCUCCGCUGCGCCCGCUGGGCUCCGAGUCGCGCCUGGACGCCCUGCUGCAGACCUCUACGACCUGUGUGGAGGUGCAGCUCGCGCGGGGCGCGUCGGUGCUCGGUUGCCCCUUGUCCGGGGAGCGCUGGCUGCCCGCGAGCCUCGCUCUGGGGGCGAACCUCAGCAGGGCCUUCCCGUGUUCACCAGGUGACCGACCCUUCGCUCUCCUGGCUUCUCUUACGGGGUUAAAAUGAAAAUAAAAAUCCUCAUUAUUGAAGAUUGGCCACUGCCUGGCACUUCGGGGAAGACCUGCAGGGCUGACAUCCUUGGGGUGGCUGGCGCAGAUGUCCACCAGGGACAGCUCCGAGUUCAAGCAAAGGAGAGACAGAAGAUGAAGCAGAACAGAAGAGGGUUCGAAAGAAGAGAGAAGGCAAGAAGGGAGACAUGGGGGCUACAGCAGCCAGGCCAGUGGGGCCCCUGUCCCUGCCUACUCCACUUGAAAGAGACCAGAGGAAGAGUGCUUCCAGCUUUUUCAAGGAACUCAGAGAAGAGAUGCAUGGUACUUCUGAUGUCACCCCCCAGGGCCCUCCCACAGGACCAAGAAGUCCCUGCUGCUGCUGCUGGCUGCUGCCUGCUGCAGUAUCACCCUUCCCCCAGAUAGAAGUGGUCAAAUUCCACAGCAGGAAAAAAAAAAGAAAACUGCAACCAGAUCAAGAUGAGCAUGCAGAGAGUAAAACUAGUGUCCUUGAAAAAAAUGUGGAUGUUCAAGAAUUUAACUUGGAAAAGGCUCGUUUGGAAGUGCACCGGUUCGGGAUCAUGGGCUAUGGGAAGGGAAAGGAAAGAGUUCUGGAACAGGAGCGUGCCAUCAUGCUGGGUGCUGAGCCUCCCAAAAAUAGUUAUGUGAAUUACAAGGUUUUACAGGAACAAAUCAAAGAAAAGAAGGCAGCGAAGGAAGAAGCGAAGAGAGCGGCACAGGAUGCAGAUAUUUUCAAGAAAAAGAAGAAGAAGGUGCAGGAAGAUAGAAAAUCCAAAAAGAAGUCAGCUCCCACUCUUUUGUCAAGUGGACGAAUUGGACAGGUUGGAAAAUUCAGAAAUGGGACAUUGAUUCUGAGCCCAGUUGAUAUCAAGAGAAUAAACUCUUCCAGAGUGGCUAAAUGAAGAACUUCGUCAGCUCACAAGAGGAGUAGGAACAAGCGCCCUGCUGGCCACGCCCUGCCAGCACUGGCUGACUGCUGACUGAGGGGUGGGUGCAGCAGCGCCCCUCCACUUCCUGCCACGUGCUUGGUGUGCUUGCUUGCGACACGAUUUUUCAUAAUCACUCUUUGCUCUGAAACCUAGUAAUUAACGAUAAUUGCCUUUUAACAUUUUUAAUGACUUUACCUAAGAAAGAACUCAGAAUGUGAUGCCUUGUCAGUUUUGUGGAAAGUUUUAGUUUUUCAGCCUACUUUGUAUAUAAAUUCUACUUUGUAACAAGUUAUAUAAUAAAAUAGUUGUUGUAGUUUGUA